AGAAAGAGCCCACGGCCCGGGGGCCGCCGGAAGUGACGGAUUUGGCGCGACAACCUGGGUCAAGCCGCAGGUCCGCGGAGGGAGCUCAUUGUGGUCUGUGCCAAUGGGAGAUGAAAAGGAUAACUGGAAAGUAAAAACUCUUGAAGAAAUUUUGCAGGAAAAGAAACGUCGCAAGGAGCAGGAGGAAAAGCCUGAUGUGAAACGCCCCAAAAACUUGGAUGACAGGGAAUCUAAGCGGGAUUCACUGGAGGAAGGAGAGCUUCGAGACCACAGAGAUAAGAUGGAGAUAACCAUACACAAUUCACCACACAGACGAGAAGAAUCUAUAGAUGAUCGCGCCGAGGAGGAUGAAUCGCUGGCAAUCAAACCUCCUCAGCAAACCUCCAAAAAAGAAAAAUCUCACCACAGAAAAGAGGAACGGCGAAAGGAAAAACGAAGGCACCGAAGCCGAUCGGUUGAAGGAAAGCACAUGAGAGGGAAGGAGAAAGACAAGGAAAAAGAGAGGGAACACGAGCGGAGAAAGAGACAGCGGGAGGAGCAAGACAAGGCCCGGAGAGAAAGGGAGAGGCAGAAACGGAGAGAACUCGCCAGAGAACAUUCCAGAAGAGAAAGGUUUAUAAACUUACAAAAUGUUGGUGUAUGUUCCAGGGACCGUCUCGAACAACUGGAGCGUCAGAGAGAGCGAGAAAGGAGAAUGAGGGAACAGCUUCAGAAAGAACAGUGGGAGCUGAAAGAGCGAGAGAGACGGGCUGAGGAACGGAGGAAAGAGCGAGACGUCAGGAGGGAAGCAAUCUUGCACCACAGAAAUGUGAAGGAGGAAUACAGUGACAAACUCAAGCAGCAUCAUAGGAGCCGGAGUCCAAUACGGUUCCACAGGGAUAGGAUGGAACCGGGGGACGUCAGGAAAAAUGUAAAGGAGGAGAGAUAUGAGGAGAAGGACCUACUGUCUGACCUCCAGGACAUCAGCGACAGUGAGAGAAAAACGUCUGGAGAAUCCUCCUCAGGGUCUGUGACUGCCUCUGAGGAAGAGAGCAGCAGUGAGGAGGAGUCUGAAGAGGAAUCUCCCAGUCAGUCUGAGGUUGAAUCCCAACAGUCACAGGGUGAGGAACAGAACUAUCCCUCGCUAAUGCCACGUUUCUUACAUCUCAAAGAGCCAGGAGAGAUUAGUGAAGAAGAGGAGCACAGUGACGAAGAACGACAGAAUGGGAAUCAUAUCCAAAUAGAGUCGAAGUUUGAUCACGAUUCCGAAGAGAGCAUGGAGGAAGAGGAUGAGGUGGAGGACGAGAGUCCCAUCUCUACCGAACUGACGGAGGGAGAGUACAUUCCAGAUUCCCCGCCAGUCUCGCCCGUUGAGUUGAAGAAAGAAUUGCCACAGUACUUGCCAGCUCUUCAGGGUUGCCGGAGUGUGGAGGAAUUUCAGUGUCUCAAUAGGAUUGAAGAAGGAACGUAUGGUGUAGUUUACAGAGCCAAGGACAAAAAAACAGAUGAAAUCGUGGCUUUGAAGCGACUAAAAAUGGAAAAGGAGAAAGAAGGCUUUCCAAUCACAUCGCUUCGGGAAAUCAACACAAUUCUGAAAGCCCAGCAUCCAAACAUCGUCACUGUUAGAGAAAUCGUGGUGGGAAGCAACAUGGAUAAGAUCUACAUAGUCAUGAACUAUGUGGAACAUGACCUCAAGAGUUUAAUGGAAACCAUGAAACAACCCUUCUUGCCAGGUGAGGUUAAGACGCUUAUGAUCCAGCUUUUAAGAGGUGUUCGGCAUCUUCACGACAACUGGAUUUUGCACCGAGAUUUGAAGACGUCCAAUCUGCUGCUCAGCCAUUCAGGAAUACUCAAGAUUGGCGACUUUGGACUUGCUCGAGAGUAUGGCUCUCCACUGAAACCUUACACGCCCGUUGUGGUAACUCUCUGGUACAGGACGCCCGAGCUGUUACUUGGAGCAAAGGAAUACUCGACUGCGAUUGACCUGUGGUCAGUGGGCUGUAUCUUUGCUGAAUUCCUCACACAGAAACCUCUGUUUCCAGGCAAAUCGGAAAUUGACCAGAUUAACAAAAUAUUUAAGGAGCUGGGCACACCGAGUGAGAAGAUCUGGCCAGGCUACAAUGAGCUCCCGGCAGUGAAGAAAAUGACUUUCACUGAGUAUCCGUUCAACAACCUGCGCAAGCGAUUUGGGGCCCUUUUAUCUGAUCAAGGCUUCGACCUCAUGAACAAAUUCCUGACCUACUGCCCGGCCAAAAGGAUAACUGCAGAAGAAGCUUUGAAACAUGAGUAUUUCAGGGAGACGCCGCUUCCUAUAGAGCCCUCCAUGUUCCCCACGUGGCCGGCCAAGAGCGAGCAACAGAGGGUUAAACGUGGAACCAGUCCUCGUCCCCCGGAGGGAGGGCUUGGCUACAGCCAACUGGGCGACGAUGAUCUGAAGGAUGGCUUUCACCUGACAACCACCAACCAGGGAGCCUCAGCAGCCGGUCCCGGCUUCAGCCUCAAGUUCUGACGCACUUGGAGCUCUCAACUCCCAACGAUGUACAUUGACGGACAAUUUUUUUUAGCAGCUAAAGGAUACCCACCCUUUAGCUUUCCUGUGAAACUCUGUCCAGCAGAAAUUAUUCUGUAUUUCUUAUACAGCACAGCAUGACGGGUCAACAAUAGUUCAGCUUUACGUUGAUGUUCUUUUCUUUACACUUUUGGAAAAAACCCAUUUGUAAAAUAUACGAUGCAAUUCUAUCAA